GCAGACGCCGGCUGAACAAUUCCGCUUCCCAACACCACCAGACGUUUUUCCUCUGCUCUCCCUUCCGCCUUCUUGCGACGAGGAUUUUCCAUUUUGAUUUCGUUGUUUGACGCUCGUCCGAUCAGCAGCCCGAUAUGGAGGUGCUACGUCCUUGCUUGUGAUCGGUUUGGAAGAAACAGUAAUGCCACUGACAUGGGAAAGAAGGGAAGUUGGUUUUCCGCAAUCAAGAGAGUUUUCAGUCACCACUCCAAGGAAAAGGCAGUCAAUCAGGAUUCUGAACAGAAAAACACAAAAGAAAAGAAGAAGAAAGGUCUUGGAAAACUAAGGCGUGGAGAGACAAAUUCAUUCAUUCCCCUCUUCAGGGAGCCAAGCAGUAUUGAAAAAAUCUUUGGGGACUUUGAAAGAGAGCAGCAAUUAGUAACUUUCAGGCCUGACACGCCUCCUGAGCUACCCAAAACACCACCUUUUGUGCCUCCCAGAGCUGCUUCUCCUAGGGCUCCUUCGCCAAAGACUGCUUCUCCAAGGGCUCCUUCUCCAAGGGUUGCUUCUCCGAGAGCAGCAUCUCCUAGGAGGAUUGUUCAUCACCAUAGACCAGAACCAAAGCUAAGGAACCACCAUGCCUCAGCAACUAAGAUCCAGGCUGCGUAUAGAGGUUAUAUGGCUAGGAGGAGUUUUAGGGCUCUGAAGGGUCUGGUGAGGCUUCAAGGAGUGGUAAGAGGACAGAAUGUGAAGAGGCAGACGAUGAAUGCCAUGAAAUACAUGCAAUUGUUGGUGCGGGUUCAAUCUCAGAUUCAGUCCCGGAGGAUUCAGAUGUUGGAAAACCAGGCACGAUAUCAAGCUGAGUACAAGAAUGAUAAAGAAGUGGCAAGUAACUUGGGCAAGUUGACUUUAGGCCAUGGAUCUGAGGCAGGUAACCAUGAAGAUUGGGAUGACAGCUUACUGACAAAAGAGGAAAUAGAGGCAAGGUUGCAGAGGAAGGUGGAAGCAAUCAUCAAAAGAGAAAGGGCAAUGGCAUAUGCGUACUCCCAUCAGUUGUGGAAAGCCACUCCUACAUCAACCCAUACACCGGGGUCAGAGAUGCGAUCUGGGGGAUUUCCAUGGUGGUGGAACUGGUUGGAAAGGCAGCUGCCCUCAGCAAACCCUCAAGGAGGCCAAGUCUUGAAGAAUUUUCAAUUUACACCUCCCAGACCAUAUUCUGAACAGAAGACUAGUCCACAACCUGCCUCAAGCACCCAUAAGCAGCAGCGCUAUGGGUUUGAUAAUAUGGAUGCAGCCACACCAAAAUCCACUAAAUCAGCUGUAGUAUCAUCCGCAAAACCAGCAAGAACCCCGCAAGGAAACAGCUCAAGCUUGCCUAAGUAUUCGAGAACAAGGGUGGGGGGAACUGAUUCACCUUUUGAUGUGCCACUCAAGGAUGAUGAUAGCCUCACAAGCUGCCCACCAUUUUCAGUACCGAACUACAUGGCUCCAACCCUAUCUGCCAAGGCCAAAGUGCGUGCUAGUAGUAAUGGAAGAGAAAGUUUUCCUGGGACUCCAAACUCUGAAUCAAAGAGGCGGCUUUCAUUUCCUCUUUCGCAAGGAAUUGGGUCCUUCAAAUGGACAAAAGGGUCCUUGUUCUCAAGCAAGGAUCCUAGACCUCAAAGGAUGUUAGAUAAGAACCAGUCACUUCAAUCUCUAGGAAACUUGAGUGUGGAUUCAACCGUGUCUUUACCCGCAGGCGUUGGAAGAAAGCCGUUUAACAGAUUUGUGUGAUUUUUAUUUUGUGGCGCAUUCUUUUGAACACCCCCCGCCUCCGGGGGCGCCCCUGCUCUUUGUACCUGGUGGUGUUGUGAGUUAUGUUAUGAUUUGAGUGUGUGAUGAUAGUUUGAGAAAAAAAGGAUACAUUUGUAAACUAAUAAAGAGAUGAUAGGAAAUGACGGUCUCGUCAUAUAGUAUUUGCUUUUUAUUGAACGGUACCGCAUACAGAAUUCAAUUUGGUUUGCCUUCAGUUUAUUUG